CCAUCGUCGCCUUUACUUUACCAUUUCAUCAUUGAUCUGCUUUGAUUCUUCGUCUUCAAGCUUCAACCUCAGCAGACGAAAGUCAUCUAAAAUCCCAAAUAAAAAAAAGUGAGAUUGUUUUCAUUAGAUAGUAUAUUAAAAGAAAAAAUGAGUUCGAUUCAUUAUUUGAUAAACACUCUUGCAGCUCCGCUUCGUUCUUUUUCUCCUCCCUCCCUUUUUCCGCAAUGCCAUUAUCCUAUCCGUUCCUCUGCUGUACCGAAACGGCGUCGUUCGUCUCACUCGUCUGGGUUUCGCCUUGCCUCAAGUCCAACCGUGAAUUCGGUUCCCCGUGAGAAUGGAACCUAUACCGUUGCUGAUUUCAUGACAAAGAAGCAAGAUUUGCAUGUUGUGAAAACCACCACCACUGUUGAUGAAGCUCUGGAGGCUCUGGUAAACAACAGAAUAAGCGGUCUUCCGGUAAUUGAUGAUAACUGGAAUUUGGUCGGAGUUGUUUCAGAUUAUGAUUUAUUAGCUAUUGAUUCGAUAUCAGGAGGUCCUCAGAGUGAUGCAAACCUGUUCCCCAACGUCGAUAGUUCUUGGAAAACUUUCAAUGAGUUACAAAAGCUGCUUAGUAAGACUAAUGGCCAAGUUGUUGGUGACUUGAUGACUCCAACUCCACUUGUUGUCCAUGAAUCGACAAGUCUGGAGGAAGCUGCGAGGCUGUUGCUUGAAACAAAAUAUCGCAGACUACCUGUGGUCGACGAUGAUGGAAAGCUGGUUGGACUUAUUACAAGGGGAAAUAUUGUUAAGGCAGCUCUGCUAUCAAAACGCGCGGGAGAGUGGUGAUAGUGUUUUUUGAGAAAAACGUCAUUGGAAUAGCUUUGCUUGCUGGUUGUGCCGGUGAGAGUACGUAUAAUGUUAAGUAUAGUGUCGUGUAUAGUGAGUGUUAUGAAUAUAUGACGGGCAAAAAGAGAAGCUGAAAUAAACUUUUGACGGCCUUGUGAGAUCUUAGUAGUGUGGGUAACAAACAAGAUAGAAUGAAGUGAUUUAUCGAUCACCUUUAUUAGGUUAUCGACAUUGUUUCGUGCAUUGAUUAUUACGAGCAUGGAGAUACAUCCUCUUUAUUAGUCUGUUAGGCUGGAACUGAUAAUUUAGAGCCCUGUAUUAUAAAUUUAUAUUGUAAAUUGCUGAGGAUUUUAAUUUGUAUGUUAUUUUGCUCUGGUCGCUUUCCUA